AUGAGCAGCAACACGGAACCUCGCCCAUGUAGGCGAUGCAAGACACCGACCGUCUUGAAAGUGAGAAAGGAUCCUCUUUGCGAGACUUGCUAUGAGCAGCAUAUCGUCCAAAGAGUCGUGAAGCGCCUCGCCCAGCCAUACCGCGAUGUAAAGGACAAGCUGGGCACUACCCCCGACGCAAGAGCAAAGUACCUCCUCGGCCUCUCUCUCGGCCCCUCCUCGGCCUCCUUGGUCCAGGUGCUCGACAAGAACCUCCAAGGUCUCAAGGACAAGAACUUGCGCGUCGCGUACGAGGUGCACGUCGUCCACAUCGACACCGACCUGUCAAACGCCGCAGACGCCGCGACCUCCUCGUCGUCGGCAAGCCUGCUCUUUGAAAAGUAUAAGGAGCAGUUCCCCAACCUCUCGAUGCAGAUCGUUCCGCUGGCCGACGCCCUCAAGCUGGACACGAUAGACUGGUCCGUCCUUCCCGCCCUGCAGCCCGGCCUCGCGCCCGCGCAGCAGCUCAGCGGCCUCCUCGAGGCCCUGCCGUCCGUCACGUCGCGGGUGGACAUCAUGAGGCUCCUGGUGCGGAAUCUGCUGCUAUCGCUGGCCGUGGAGAGGGAGUGCCACGCGCUGCUGCUGGGAUGCACCACGACCGCCCUGGCCGAGCUGACGCUCGCCGAGACGGCCAAGGGCCGCGGGUUUGCCGUGCCGUGGCAGGUCGCCGACGGCCCCGUCCCCGUCACGACAUUCUCCCGCGUUGGGGAGGGACAGAGCGCGGAGGGCGGCGAAGGGGCUGUCCGGGGGACUGAGAAGACGAUGCUUCCAGUGUACUACCUCCUUCGAGAUAUUUUUAGGCGAGAGGUCAUCACGUAUGCGGGCCUGAUACCGUCUUUGAAGGAUCUCGCCCAGGAAGUGGGACCAAGCAGCAACGCAGUCGUCUCGCACAAGGAGCUCAGCAUCGAGGAUGUCAUGGCGCGGUACUUUGAGGAAGUGGAGGAGAGUUAUCCCUCCGUCGUCGCCAAUGUCGUUCGCACCAGCGGCAAAUUAACACGAGAGAGCGAUGGCGAUGCGUGCGCGGUCUGCGGCAUGGAUGUGGACGCACAGGGAGAUGCCCGGUGGAAGGGUGAAAUAGGAGAGGAUAUUGACGACAGCAGGAAGCGCACCGCAGGGAAACUUUGUUAUGGAUGCGAACGGUCUAUAUAUGGAUAG